CAUCCGUACCACGACCUCGGACCUCUCCGUCGCUGCGGUCUGCUCUUUCUCGCCUCCCUCAGACACUCUUUCUAGACCUUUCACUCGUAACGCGAAGCCACGAUGGGUGGUGGAGACUUGAACAUGAAGAAGUCGUGGCAUCCGCUCCUGAUGAAGAAUCAGGAGCGGGUGUGGCUCGAGGAGAAGAAGGCGGGCGAGGAACAGAAGAAGCUUGACCAGCUGCGCAAGGAGAAAGAAGAGGAACGGCAGCUGCAAGAGCUGCAGAGGCUACAAGAGGAGCAGACGGGCAGAAAGAGGACGGAGAAGCUGGAAUGGAUGUACGCCACCCCCGCUAGCGGCAGCAGCCAGAACGCUAGCGAGCUGGAGGACUACUUGCUGGGGAAGAAGCGGGUGGACAAGAUCUUGACGGCGGAUGAGCAUGAGAAGAUUGGAGCUGCCCACAAGAGCUUCAUCGCGACUCAGUACGCCAACACUGCUCGGGAUACCGCCUCCAAGAUUCGAGAGGAUCCCCUCCUUGCCAUCAAACAACAAGAGCAGGCGGCAUACCAGGCUCUCAUGUCCAACCCUCUCCGGCUGCGCGAGAUGCAGGAGCGGACUGGUAUCAAGGUGAAAAAGGAUAAAAAGGAGAAGAAGAAGGAUAAGAAGGAGAAACACAAGCACCGCAAGGACAAGCACCGGGAGGAUUCACGCUCGCGAUCCCCAUACUCCGACAGGCGGCAUUCCGACCCUCGCGACAAGUACUCUCGUUCCAGGCGUUCCCCUAGCCCCGACCGCCGCUCUCGCUCCCCACCACCCGCGCGCUCUCGGUAUGACGAUCGCCGGGACAACUACCAGAGCCGCCGUGGGCGAAGCCGCGAUCGCUCAGCUGACCGUUCUCGCGAUCAAGUCAGGACGUGGCCGCGGUCAGACGAGUCGGACGACAAUGGCUACGAGUCACGACGACCGCGGAGCCGUAGUCCUAGUCGGCGCCGCGAUGACUACGACAGCAGGAAGCGGAUGCGGAGUCCUAGUCGUAGCCCACGCCGAGCGGAUCCUGUACCAUACAAGCGGACCAGGAUGAGUCCACCUCCACCCCGAGCGCCCGCACCAUCCCAGUCAAGCUCAGCCGCGGAGGACCGGGCGGCGCGGUUAGCUGCGAUGAGCUCCAACGCCUCCUCGCUAACGGUAGAGCGCAAAGAGCACCUCACCCAGCUGCUUGAACGCGAGAAGGCUGAACAGGAGGCCGAGGAGCGUACGCGGGCGAAGAAUAAGGGUAUGGGAGACUUCUUGUCACACGAGCAGAAGAAGGUCUUCGGUGGUACGGGUGGUCUGGAAGAUCGCAUCCGCCGAGGUCGGGGGCAGAUGCGUGUUGAGGCCGACUAGACACUCGUCGGCCGGUCGUUUUGCAGGUCGUUUGUGUCGCUAGCUCUUGUCCGCUCGUUGUACUUUGGACUUAUGUGUCGUGUUGCUUAGCCGUGUGGACAUACAGCAUCCUUCGGACUCGGCGCCAUGGCCAAUGAGCGCGGGCCGUUAUCGCAAGCGAAUGCUAUU